CACUGCCCGAUACGUUGUCGAUUAACGUGAAUACAACUGUAUUUCUGUUUGUUUGAGGUCGAUGCAGGGACAUGCUGGCAACUCUUCUGCGAAGAAAGAAACUGCAGAGGAGAGAGGCUCGUAUAACAUGUUCGACAUUAGCAGUUUCACCUGCCUAGAUUUAACUCAGAUAAAGAAGAAAUGAGGUGAACUUAUCGCAGACAGUUCCUCGGACAGUUUACAAUGAAGUACAAACAGCGCCUGGUACUAAUGACAGUAGCGUCCUUGACGAUCGUGAUAGUGGCGCUUUACAAACUCUACCAGAAAGAAAAUGUGACAGAAAUGAUAGGCAACCUUCCCAACUUCCGGUUUGCUGGAAUAGGGGGUGCCCUAAAGUUUACAGGAGCCUGUGCUGGUACAACUAUGACCUCAGAUUGGAUGGUAGAGGAAAUUUAUGACGACAUGAACUUUACAACCAAUCCCAGAAAAGAGGGUGGUUUGUAUGUUCUUCACGAGAAGAACGAAAAAUACAGAAGGAAUCUGAAAAGUGGUAAAGAACCCCUGCAGAUAAUCGUGGUCCCCCACUCCCAUAACGACCCGGGCUGGCUUUGGACAUUGGAGACGUACUACACUGUUAGGACAAGAAGUAUCCUUACAAACACUGUUCUCUUUCUAGAGAAAUUCCCAGACUUUAGAAUGAUUUGGUCAGAGACUGUUUUUCUAGAUAUAUGGUGGAAAGAGAGCCCCACUGAUAUGCAGAACAAGUUUAAGGACCUUGUUAAACAAGGCAGGAUAGAAAUUCUGUCUGGGGGUUGGGUAUCAGUAGACGAGGCCAACACACUUUACAGUGCGGUUAUCGAUCAGCUGGUGGAAGGUCAUUUAUGGAUCAAAGAUACCUUGGGAGUCACCCCAAAUAUCAGUUGGUCUAUCGAUCCAUUUGGUUAUUCUACAAGUUUACCUUAUUUAUGGUACAAGUCUGGUAUGUCGGACAUGACUGUAUUACGUGUUCAUGGUGCACUUAAGCAGUACAUGGGUCACCGUCACAUUAUGACAUUCAAUUGGCGUCAGCCUUGGGACAUGGCGGGAAAAAAUGACAUACUGUGUCACGUGGAACCUUACACGCUGUACGGCAUCGAAUAUAGCUGUGGACCUGACCAGGAAGUAUGUGCUGUGAUGGACUUCGGUCGUCGGGCUGGCCUUCCUGAUGAUAAGGAACAACCAAUUCCUAUCGGCAAUGGCGCCAGACAAGCCAGAAAUCUUCACGAGUAUGCCACAAUGGUCGCUGAGCAGUACCGUCAAAAGGCAGACCAUUACAAACAUAAUGUGCUGCUUAUGCCACACGGAGACGAUUUCAGAUAUAUAAUGGAUUACGAAUUCGAGACAAACUACGUUAAUAUGAAGAAAUUAAUGGACCAUAUAAAUUCUAGAAAAGAGUUGAACAUUCGAAUGCGUUUUGGAACUGUGGGUGAUUAUUUUAACGAGUUGCACAAAAGUAUCGCUAAAUCGGGUGAACCAGAUAUGUCUUUAAGUGGAGACUUUUUCACUUACACGGAUCGCGAUGAUGAGUAUUGGAGUGGAUACUACACAUCCAGACCGUUUGAUAAACGGAUGAUAAGAUAUCUGUUAGAAGUAUUAAAAACAGCGGAGAUGUUGACGACGUUUUCUGUUUAUCGUGCGCAACAACAGGGUUAUGUUUUUAAAAAUGUUCAAAAGGUAUUGAGAGAUCUGCAGGAGGCUAGACGCACCCAUGGCUUAGUGCAGCAUCAUGACGCUAUAACAGGAACUUCUGCGCAUCCGACAGUCGUGGAUUUUGAGAACAGAAUCACGGCUGCCAUUACUUUGCUACAGGGUGUUAUUUCAAGAGACAUUGAGAGCCUUUUGCUAAAAGAGGCUGCAAACACAAAUAUCAAUAUAGUACCAAUUCAUGUCCAACCCAAACCUGACGCUCCUCUUGAGAGACGUGUUAUAGCAGUAUCUGAGUCUGGGACCCAGGUUAUCUUCACUAACUCGUACACACAGCGGCGCAAGGAAUAUGUUAGCCUUAUCGUUAAUUCUAUGAUGGUCCAAGUUCUAGAUCAGCAUGGCAAUGAAGUACAAGUGCAGAUCAAUCCCUGCUGGGAGAGUCAGAAAAAUAUAGCCAAAGCAAUCUUUGAAGUUGUAUUCCCGGUAGAGAUACCUGCAAUGUCGUUCGUAAUAUUUGUUUUCAAACGAUCACAAAAGAGUAAACCUCAAUUUUCAAGAGUCAGCAUUCUGAACGGAAAAGCAAAUUCUCCUUUACCAAAUGUUUUCAACCCAACAGCAUUAGAUUUAGACCAAAGCGAAUUUAAAGUGGAUACUCAGAAGUUAAAAGUCACGUUCUCGGACAAAGGUAUGUUAAAAUCUGUGUGUCGAAAGAAGGGAGGGCAGGAGCGCUGUACCGACACUAGCGUUAGAUGGCAUUGGUACAAGGGUGUGAAUAGCAAUGCCUACUGUUUUGGGACUGACGGGACAGUGACGAGAUUGUUCGAAAAGAAUGUUUUUGUGAGGGUAAUAUCAGGGAAAUAUAGUACCACGGUGAUUAUCAACCAUGCUUUGUUGCAGCACACCACUACUAUAUACAACACUAGUGACCUUCACGGACGCUAUGUGUACAUAGAAAACGUGGCGACAUUGCUGCUGGCAGAGGACAGAGAUAAAGAGCUAUUUAUGGAGCUGCAAACUUCUAUCAGAAAUCCAUACAUGCAGUUUUAUACCGACUCCAAUUCAUUUCAACUGAUCAGCAGACAAACCCGAAAUAAUUAUCCCAUGGCUGCCAACUUAUUCCCAAUAACCUCUAUGGCGGUCUUGCAGGAUUCUAAAUCGAGGUUGACAGUACAUGUCGCCCAACCUUUGGGUGUAGGGAGUUUUAAAUCCGGUUCCUUGGAAUUUUUAAUUGAUCGUGUUCCAACCUCCUCUGGUAAAGGAUUAGAGGAGCCUGUCACAGACAAUAAACCAACUGUUAGUAAAUUUAUAUUACAUAUAGAGGACUUCAAUACGGAGACUGAGAUAUUCAAAAAUCACCGGAAGAGGAUGGCACAUCCGUCGACAGAAAGUUUCCUCAUAAAUGAUUUCAUGCAGCACCCUCUACUUCCGUUUGUUGCGAGCAGGAAAUACGAGUUGAAGGAAUUUAGAUUUUUAAAGUCAGGCUUGCCAUGUGAUAUGGUCAUAGCCAACUUAAAGACUUUUAUUUCUGAACAACAAGAACUGUUAGGUACUGGUAUAACAUUACAUCAACGUCAGACGUCGUGUAAGAUAACAAGUGAUAGUUCAAUGUGUUCCUCUGGAGUGUCUAAACUCAGGUUAUUUGACUUUUUCACUGACCUCAAAGUCAAGGAAAUAAGAAAAAUGUCGUUGACCUAUUUACACGAGAAAGAGAAACUCUCGCAGACAUCUGAAGUGACAAUUGAUAGUAUGGAAAUAGAGUCUUAUAAAAUUCAGUGGUCAUGAUAGUGGAUCUUAUAGUGUCUUACAAUGUAUUUUCUUUUAUACACAUCUGUUCUUGAUAUUCGCCUUUUAAUUUAUUUCAUAGUCAUGUUCAUUGUUCAUUGAAUGUACAUUCCUAAUUUCGUUUCAUACACUUGUUAAUAAAGAUGAUGUUGCUAGUCAGUCUCCCCUUGAGGAUCGGAUUGUUAGACAUCCGAUUGGUAUCCAGAUGCAAGGGCUAGCUGCAGCAACAGUAGUCCUCGGUAGACAACCAG